AUGUCCAAUCACAGUUGAUCACAUAUAAACAGGGAAAUGCCCUCAUGAGGAGAGGAGAGCCGGUAAUCGUCAUUCCUCGGAGGGGACAUGUACACAGAUCAUCAGAGCACUGAUGAUCAGUGUUCCUUGAUGAUCUGUGUAGCCCCAGCAGUGCCACCUGUCAGUGUCCAUCAGUGCCAGCUCUCAGUGCUCAUCCAUGCCACCUGUCAGUGCCACAUUUCAGUGCCCAUCAGUGCCACAUCAAUGCCACAUAUCAGUGCCCAUCUGAGCUGCCUUUCAGUGUCGCCCAUCUGAGCUGCCUUUCAGUGUCACCCAUCAGUGCCAGUCAGUGCUGCCAAUCAGUGCAACCUAUCAGUGCCAGUCAGUGCCGCCUAUUAGUGC